UAAUUAAAAUGACGGUUUCCUAAUUUUGUGGAGUGCGGUGUGAAGUUCUGAGACGUGCGGGGCGAUGAAGCGGAAGAAAUGGUCGGAGCAGGAAGAAGAAACCCUUCUCUCCAAAUACUCAGAGCUUCUCAACUGUGGAACCCUAGCCAAGCUCAAGACUCGCGAGAAGAAGUUCAAGCCCAUCGCCGACCAUGUCAAUUCGGUGCAUCAUCUUCACGAUCCCCUCGCCUUCCCCUUCCGCUGGUCCUGGCGCGACGUCUCCAUCAAGGUCCAGAACAUGCGCCACCAGUACCUCGGCGUCAAGCAGAAGAUUAGGCUUUCCGAUCAUCACUUCAAUUGGAAGGACGCCGAGAAUCACUGGCAGAAUUUCAUCAAGUAUAAAGAGGUUUUCGGAGAUCUGCCUC